AUGUUCAGGUUCGACUGUUCAGACCGAGUUCAUCAGAUUCUGCUGUCGCCACGGAAACACAAAGGCGGCGGUGGGUGGGGCUUCACAUGGUCAGCUGACAUGAUCCAUCCAAUCACCAUCGGGCUCCUGCUGCUGUGGGUCUCAGGGCUGAGGGGGGAGGCUGUGCCCUGUGGAGGUCGUGACUGUUCGUUCUGUGCGUGUGCAGCGGCUAAAGGAGCUCAGGUCAGAGGUCAGAGGUCACAGUCCAGUCUGAGGUCCUCACCCACUCUCACCCCCUCACCUCUCUCACACUCUCCCCUCUCCCACUCUCACACUCACCCCUCUUCCACUCUCACACUCACCCCUCUCCCACUCCCACACUCUCCCACUAACCCCUCACCCACUCACCCCUCUCCCACUCUCACUCUUACCCUCAUUCCCUCCCACUCUCAAACGCACCCCUCCCCCACUCUCACCCUCACCCCCUCACCCUUCUCACACUCACCCCCCUCCCCUCUCCCACUCAACCCCCUCACCUCUCCCACUGGGGCGCCUGGAGCUGUUGGCUUCCAGGGUCCUCAGGGGCCCCCAGGGUUCCCAGGUCCUCAGGGGCCUUAUGGAGAGCAGGGCCUCAGAGGAGAUGAGGGGCCCCGCGGAGGACAGGGGCCAAGGGGAGACGUGGGCUCUGUGGGGGUUCCAGGGUUCCCAGGUCUGGAGGGCCUCCCAGGCCGCAAGGGGGCCCCCGGGGGCCCUGGGUUCCCAGGAGCAGAUGGAUGCAAUGGAACCAAAGGAGAAUCUGGAGCUUCAGGACAAGCAGGGGUUGAGGGGCCCCCUGGAGUCCAGGGUUUUCCAGGACCCAAAGGUUUCAAAGGACAAAUCUCAUUUUACUUCAUCAACAUCCCGGGACCCACAGGCGACAUCGGACCCCAGGGCCCCACAGGACUCCGGGGGCCCCUGGGGACCAGAGGAAUACUGGGUGCAGAGGGACCUGAGGGCCAGCAGGGGGAAACAGGGCUGCCAGGUCUACGGGGCCUCAGGGGCCCUCCAGGACAGAAAGGACGCUCUCUGCCCGGAACCAAAGGAGAAGAGGGGGAGCAGGGACCCCCGGGGCCCCCCGGUCCCUUUGAGCUGGUAGAACCUCCUGAUGAUUAUUUCUCUAAAGGAGAAAAGGGAUCUGAGGGCCCCAAGGGCAUGUGUGGAGGGAGAGGCCCGCCGGGUCUGGAUGGAUUUCCAGGAGAAAAAGGGGAGAAAGGCAUCGUGGGAUUUCCUGGACUCAGAGGAUCUCAGGGGUUUCCAGGACGACCAGGAAUAAGAGGUCCGAGGGGCAACUCUGGGACUCCUGGUCUGCCAGGUUUGAUUGGUCGUGAAGGACAGAAGGGCAUGAUGGGGGACGUAGGCGCCAAAGGAGAAGAGGGUGAUGUCACUGUGACAGGUGCAGACGGAGAACCUGGGAGGUCAGGACCACGAGGACCGCCUGGAGACUUUGGUCCAAUGGGAGAACCAGGACUUCCUGGGGAACCAGGCAGAACUGUUUUAGGUGCACCUGGAGGGCGAGGACCCCCUGGAGAGCCUGGAGGUGCUGGAGAAAAAGGAGAUCCAGGAGAACCCUCCUCAAAUCCACGUUCUGAAGGAGAACCAGGCAAACGUGGAGCAGCUGGUGUUUCUACUGUGUUCAUGGUUCUGCUGGGGACCAUGGAGACCCAGGAGAACCAGGCCUCACCGGGGCACCAGGCUCCAAAGGGUCCAAAGGUCUUCCCGGACCCUGCUUCUGUCUUCUGGAGCCUCCACGUGGAGCUGAUGGGGACCCAGGACCACGAGGUUUUGACGGAGCCCCUGGUAGACCGGGUCCAGGACCAGGACCACGAGGAGAAAAAGGGAAUGAGGGCGAGCGAGGAGACCCAGGACCAGAGGUGA